GAAAGGGAAUCCCUAGCCAACUUUUUUUCCUCUUUAAUGUCUGCUCCUGGUCCUGAACCUCCUCUUGCGUAUGCUGCUGCUGCUGCCAGCAUCCCGACAGCUGCUGCGACCAUCCCGAUUGCUGCUGCGACCGUCCCGACUGCUGAUGCGACCAUCCCAACCAUCCCGACUGCUGCUGCGACCAUCCCGACUGUCCCGACUGCUGCAGCGACCAUCCCGACUGCUGCAGCGACCAUCCCGACUGGUGCACGACCAUCCCGAGUGCUGCUGCUGUCCUUCAACCAGGCAGAGAUGAGGACCUGCGAAGAGAACAAAGAUCAUGCAGGACCAGACUAUCAAACAGUCAAAGGCAAAGAAUUAAGAAGCAUAGGAGACAUAUGGAGCAGAGCUAGAAAACAGUUAAAGGAGGGAGUUGCCAUUGAUGUCAAAAGUAAGGUGUAUGGGAAUACUAGUAGGAAAAGAGUGGUCAUAGAUGUAGAAUCUAUCCCAAACAUUCCUCUAGCCCAAAGGACAACCAUCAGAUCACUAACUGCUGCACUUGACAAUGGAGAAGUAUUGUGGGAUGGGAAAAUUGGAAUAUUUCCUUUUGUUGAGACUGUGGCAGCUAAAAGAAAGAGCAAGAAUAGAGAGGCUGAGGUUUUGGAAAUGAAACAAUUACUCAGUGUUACCAAAGAGGUGACAAAAGAUAUGUUAGUGAACCAAGUUAUACCAGCAAUCUAUGAGAAAAGGCCAUCUUUCUUAGACAGAAGCAUUGUGCUUCAGCAAGACAAUGCCAGACCCCACAUUUCUGGGACAAACCAAGACUUCAUGACAGCAGGAAAUGCAAAUGGUUUCAACAUUACAUUAAGUAACCAACCCCCUAACUCCCCAGACCUAAACAUACUUGACUUGGGGUUUUUUAGAGCCAUCCAAUCUCUGAAAGAGAAGUAUGCUCCAAAAAAUCUGGCAGAACUUGUGGAAGCAGGGGUGCAUAUGUAGCUCUUACAACAGAGACAUUGAACAAGGGACUUAGAAAUUCAGACAGUAAAGACAAAGACACUUC